CCCCCACCCCCUCCGCCGACACGGCCCGGUCCGACAGCCCCAGGCUGGGGUACCUCGCGCGGGACGUCCUGUCGCUCUCCCCCAGCCCGUCCCGAGGCUCCCCCGUGCAGCCCCAGACCCUGAUGAACAUCCCAUGCCCCCCCACCCCCCCGGCAGCCUCUCGCCCGCCAUUCCCGCCAGGCUGUUUCGGGCGGCGCCGCACCCCGACGACCCCAACCCGUCCCCCGUCAGGGACCCGCGGCAGCGGCGGACGGAGCUCAUGCCGGCCCACAGCCCCACCCUCCACCGCCACCAGCCCCCUCAGUACACGGGGGGCCGCCGGUCGCCCAGCCCGGACCGCCGGAGCGAGCCCAGGUUCGAGAGGGGGGCGCGGGACAGCCCCGAGCCGGCCCGCCGGUUCUACAUGGGGCAGUACGACGGGGACCCCGCGGCCGAGGCGCCCCUCAGCUGGACGUCCAGGCAGCAGUGGGGGGGCCUGCCGGCCGCGGGGGGGGACAGCCCGAAGGCCGGUCGCCGGGCCGACCGCCACGUGGGCGGAGCCUCGCCGGCGACGCUGUCGAAGCGGGCGGAGCAGCAGAGGAGGGAGGUGGCCUUGCUGGGGCCCGUGGCGCUGGAGCUCCAGCAGGGGGCGGCGGAGAGCGCGGCGCUGAAGGCGGAGGUGUACCCCGAGGGGGACCAGAGCGGGGCGCUGGGCUCCUCCCACAGCUCCAGCGGCGUGACGGGCAGCCUGACGGACGGGAGCCAGAUGGACAGGGACUGCAUCUCCCCGGAGUCCAGCCAGUCCAGCCAGAAGAGCAGCGACACGGGAGCGGCUACAUCGGGAAUACAGUCUGACAGUGGCUCCUCAGUGGGGCCUUCCCUGCACUCCCAGAGGAUCGCCCGCGCCAAGUGGGAGUUUCUGUUCGGGACGCCGUCGGAAGACAGCUCCACCUCAGGCACUAAAGAUUUCCCAGACGCCUCCACAGCGCCCCCUAGCGGCACCUCCAGCGAGUCGCCGACCCCGACGCCGCCCAGCUCCCUGCCCCUGGAGCCCCUGGAUGGCCCGGAGCAGGAGCGGGGCCGGCGGGGGGCGGAGGGGCGGAGCCUGGCCAGCCACGACGUGCAGCACGUGGAGGUGGAGCUCACGACCCCGCCCCCGGCGGCGGCGGCGGGCGCGGGGGCGUCGCCCAGGACGGGCAUCAUCCGGCGCACGCUCAAGUACUCUGAGACGGACCUGGACGCCGUGCCGCUGCGCUGCUACCGCGAGACCGACAUCGACGAGGUGCUGGCCGAGCAGGAGGACGCCGACUCCGCCUUCGGCAGCAACCGCAGCGUCCUGGGCACCUCGGGCGCCGGCAGCAGCAGCCCCCUGGGGGGCGCGUUCUACGCCCGCACCGACGGCGAGGAGGACGAGGAGGAGGAUGAAGAGGAGGAGGAGCUGGGAGAGGAGGAGGAGGAGGAGGAAGAGGAGGAGGAGGAGGAGGUGGUGAGCUGGGCCAGCGUUAGGAUGCAGGGGGACAGGAAGAGGCAGCAUGCCCCCCAGGAGGAGGACGCGGUCUUCACCCUGCUGCUAAAGAGGCCUUUAGACAGCGUGUCGGACUGCCACGGGGGGCUCAAGUCCCCCAUCGUGGUGACCAGCCCCCGCAGGACGUCCGAGGACGGCCUGGACACCUUCAGCCGCCAUUUUGAGAGCAUAAUGGAGUCGCACCGGGCCAAGGGCACGUCCUACUGCAGCCUGGACAGCGAGGAGCUGCUGACGUCCAGCCAGCCCGUCUUCACCUUCGACCUGCCCACGCUGACGCCCGAGAUCCAGAGCCAGAUCUGCCAGAGCGCCCGGCAGAUCAUCGAGCUCAGCUUCGCCCCGCUGGCCUGCCACGAGCCCCCCAGCCUGUCCGGCUCCGCCCCCUCCGCCGCCGACCCCGCCCACAACCACAGCUGCAGCAGCUCCGACUGCACCCAGGCCCCGCCCAGCGAGGGCGUGAGCAGCGCCUCGGAGGACACGCCCCCUGGGGACGGGCCGACGGCCGGCCAGGAUCGCUGGAUGGACCCGUGCCCCGCCAGGGAGAGGCCCCCCCGUCCGGCCACCGACUCGGAGAUAGAGUCGGACAUCAGUGACCGGCUGGGCAGCACCGACACCCUCAGCAACGGCAACAAGGCCGACCUGGAGGCGGCCAGGCGGCUGGCCAAGAGGCUCUUCAACCGCGACGGCUUCAAGAAGUCGGACGUGGCCCGGCACCUGAGCAAGAACAACGACUUCAGCCGCAUGGUGGCGGAGGAGUACCUGCGGUUUUUCAACUUCUCUGGACUGACCCUGGAUCAGGCACUGAGGGCUUUCCUGAAGGAGUUUGCACUAAUGGGCGAGACGCAGGAGCGGGAGCGGGUGCUCUCCCACUUCUCCAGGAGGUACCUGCACUGCAACCCCAACGCCAUCCCGUCUGAAGACAGCGUUCACACCCUGACCUGUGCACUGAUGCUGCUCAACACUGAUCUGCACGGCCAUAACAUUGGCAAGAGGAUGUCCUGCAUGCAGUUCAUUGGGAACCUGGAAGGGCUCAAUAAUGGACAGGAUUUCCCCAAGGAGCUUCUCAAGGCACUGUACAACUCCAUCAAGAGUGAGAAGCUGCAGUGGACCAUCGAUGAGGAAGAGCUGCGCAAGUCCUUCUCGGAAUUGGCCGACGGCCGCACGGACUCCGCCUCCCACACCAUGAAGCGAAUCAGCAGCCGGGGAAACCCCAUCGUGGGCGUGGCCCAGCACCCCGGCACCGUCGUCUACAAGAGCGGCUUCCUGGUGCGCAAGGUCCACGCCGACUCUGACGGCAAGAAGACUCCCCGGGGGAAGAGAGGCUGGAAGACGUUCUACGCCAUACUGAAGGGCCUGAUCCUGUACCUGCAGAAGGGGGAGUACAGGCCGGAGAAGCAGCUCUCGGACGAGGACCUGAAGAACGCCGUGUCCAUCCACCACUCGCUGGCCAUGCGGGCGGCCGACUACAGCAAGAGGCCCAACGUCUUCUACCUGCGCACCGCCGACUGGAGGGUCUUCCUGUUCCAGGCCCCGAACGCGGAGCAGAUGCAGUCCUGGAUAACGCGGAUCAACACAGUGGCCGCCAUGUUCUCCGCCCCGCCCUUCCCGGCCGCCAUCGGGUCUCAGAAGAAGUUCAGCCGGCCGCUGCUCCCGGGCUCCACCACAAAACUCUCCCAGGAGGAGCAGGUCCAGUCCCACGAAACGCGUUUCCGCACCACCUCCUCGGACCUGACCGAGCUGCGCGCCAGUCCGCCCGACCGCAAGGUCAAAGGGCGCGAGGCGGAGGAGUGCCGCCAGCGGGAGGAGUACCUGGAGUUCGAGAAAACGCGCUAUGGGACGUACGCCAUGCUGCUGCGGGCCAAGGCGUGCGGGGAGGAGGAUCUGUCGGCGUUCGAGUCGCAGCUCUUCGAGGACAGCGGCCUGCAGAGGGCGCACUCGAGCCCCACGCUGCCGCAGGAGGCCGGCCAGGCCGGCAGCACCAGGCCCGGCAAGCGCCACGACACCCAGAGGCACAGCUACCGGCAGGCCGUCAAGCAGUGAGCCCCCCUCCCCAAAUCCCACCACCCCCCCCCCCACCCCGCCCACCGAGGGCUUCGUUCUGCUCCGGGGGUGUGCCGAGACAAAAGGGGGCGGGCUCGGCCA